GCGGGUACCUGUACGCGAUGCAUCUUAAUUCUUCUUUCAUCCCCUUGGCUCCCCUUUGGCAUUGUGUUCAGAGUUUACAGUUCUCAGGAAAGACUUCUCCAGUUGCUUGCUUCCUCUUUUUCUCCCUUCCUGUUUCUUCCUUUUGGCGUGUGUAUGGACAUUUCUGUAACACUGGCCAGCUGCAUUGCAUGUGUUUUGAGGCCACAGUUUUCAUGGACUGAUCCCGGGGAAUGGAUCUCUGUCUACUGACCCCGUGCUCCCACCUCGUGGCUUCCGAUUCUCUUGAGAAACUUCUCCCAGGCACUGCGCUAUUUACUGUGGCUGCUCUCGUCUUGUCGAACACCUGGAGAAUUUACUACAUCUUUGGUUUUCGUUCAUGACAUAUUUUAAAGAGGGAUAAAACACAUUUUCCCAAGAAAGUAGGUCUCUUCUCAGCAUGGCUGCAGAAAUCACUUACGCUGAACUGAGGUUCAAAGCUGAAUCCAAGCCCUCAGGCCCCGACCCGGACUCGCCUGCAGUUCCCAAAGAGAAGACCAGCCCUCAGAGAAGUAAUCUUUAUUUUCCCAAGAUACUUCUUGUCCCAUUGCUGCUAUUCAUCCUUUUGUCCAUCGUAUUCACUGUUGCUUUUAUCAUUUUCUUUCAAAAAUAUACUCAGCUUCUUGAAGAAGAGACAAUUGUCAAAGAAGGCACACAGAAGCACACAGAACUGGAAUGUAAAAGAAGCAAUUCAACCAAAAAAGACAAAGUCUGGAGCUGUUGCCCAAAGAACUGGGAGUCAUUUAGUUCCCACUGCUAUUUCUACUCAACCAAAUCAAAAUCAUGGCAAGAGAGCAACGAACGCUGCUCUAGCAUGGAGGCUCAUCUGGUGGUGAUCACCAGCGAAGAGGAGCAGCACUUCAUAACCCAGUAUAUGAAAACUAACACUGCUUAUUAUGUGGGGCUGUCAGACCCACACGGCCAGAGACAUUGGCAAUGGGUGGAUCAGACUCCAUACAAUGAGAGUGCCACAUUCUGGCAUCUUAAUGAGCCCAAUAACAGGAAUGAACAUUGCGUUAUACUAAACCAUCGUGGAAAAUGGGGCUGGAAUGAUGUCCUUUGUGAUAGACCUCAAGGGUCAGUUUGUGAAAUGAUGAAUAUCUAUUUAAUGGAUGCAUCAUGAUACAGAGAGCUAAUAAAGUUUUCCUGAUGUGUAAGGAAUGUCCAUAGAAUUUUAGUGAAGUGGUCAACUAUUCCACUUAUGAAAACUUGUUAGCAUGCUUAUGUGUUUAUUUACUUAUGUACUUGUUAAAAAAAAUAAGCAUUUAUUGAGCAUUUUGCAUGUGCCACAGACUAUACCGGAGUCUGAUAUUUGUGCACGAAGCUUUUCUGUCUAAUUGACAAGGUGUAUUAACUGAUAUAAUUCUAUAUGGUUCCUCCACUUAUUAUUUCUUCUUUUUGUCCUUUACUUUUAUUGAUGUAUAAUUGUCAACUUAAACUAUAUGUUUUAAGUUACAAAAUGCUUAUUUGAUAUACAUAAAUACUGUGUAUAUUGCCACAAUAUAUAUUACCACAAUCAAGUUAGUUCACAUCUUUAUUACUUACCAUAGUUACCUAUUUUGUUUUACUAAGAAUAUUUAGGAUCUCCAUAAGCGUUUCACUUAUAAAAUGUAAUACUGUUAACCACUGUCACCAUGAUAGCAUGGAUGCCCAAAAGUUAUUGUUUAACUGUCACAUAUGUCACCAUUUCCCCACUUCUACUCCAUUUUAGCCACCAUUCUACUCUGUUUCUAGGAGACUGACUUUCUGAAUUCUACAAAUAAGUGUGAUUAUACAGUA